CAAUUCAAACUUCAGGGCCCUGGAAUGAACUAUUCUCUCCCUCCUGGAUGGUAGGGAUGAUAAGCCAAGCAUCCCUACACGUAGAGGUUCUGGGAUCUGUGUGCCAUCUCUGGUUAUUACAAUGUGAAGGUGGGGGAGGUACAGCCGCCUCCAGGCACCUGCAAGCGGGUCCAGGCUUGCUAGGGGAAGAAGCAGGCAGUGGGCGGGGCCGGGAGGGGCCCUGAAGGCUGUAAAAGCCGCGCAGGAUGGAGCUCUGACACUGAAUUCACUGAAUCAGCGGCUAUGGAGCGUCCUCACUUCCCGCUGACGAUGGGCCUUGGCCUGCUCGCAUUCUGCCUCCUGACCCUGUCCCCGGACGCCCGCGCUGAGCUGCGGAGCCGCAGGACAGGAGAACGCCAGAACCUGUCACCCAACGACCCGCGGGUGCAGAAGGCCGCACAGGCAGCUGUGGCCAGCUACAAUAUGGGCAGCGACAGCCUCUACUACUUCCGAGACACCAAAGUCGUCGAUGCAGAAUAUCAGCUGGUGGCUGGCAUCAAGUACUACCUGACUGUGGACAUAGUGAGCACAGAGUGCAGAAAGACCAGAGUCUCUGGAGACCACAUGGACCUCACCACCUGCCCCCUGGCUGCAGGGGGACAGCAGGAGAAGCUGCGUUGCAACUUUGAGCUCCUUGAAGUCCCCUGGAAGAACACCACUCAGCUUCUAAAGCAUGACUGCGUGCAGAUGUGACCGGCCCCAGGGUGACAGCAUCAGAAUCCCAUGAGAACAAGCAUGGUGGAGGCACCUCAGGGCCAUGAGCCUCAUCUGCUGCAAUAAAUCUCCAGCUCUGCUUCUUGCA